CUAGUUGACGAUGCAAGCGAAGAAGGCAGCAGAGGAGGCGAAGCAAGUGGCCCAAGAGGCCUCGAAGCAGAUGAUCGAAUCGGGGCAAAAAGCGGCCGUGGCCAGCAAGAGCACGUUGGACGAUCUGACUCACGUCGGCCGUUACACCAUCGGAGACCUCACGAAACAGGCCAAAGAAGUCGCUGCCAAAAAGGGACUGCUCAAGGGGUUGGGAGAUUCAUGGGAGAGGGAUAGAGAGGAAAUGAGCCCGACUCCCCGUGAAGUGGAAGGAAAUGGAGAGAACGAAGGAGAGUUCCAGUUCUCUAAUUCUGGGAAGCAUUUCAUCUCCAGUGUGACGUCAGAGAUGGAGAAUCUCACAGCCCAAGCCUCUUCCAUGUUCACCGACUUCUUCGGAGGGAAGGCAUCGCCGAAUCGAAGCGCGAGCCCUGCCCCUUCGACGAUUUCAAAAGGGAAGGACAGACAGGUUCCCUUCGGCCCUUUCCCCACAGGUCUGUCUCGUCGUCACUUGGGAUACCCGCAGGAUGGAUCCGUCUUUGACCGAUGCAUUCGACCCAUUAUUUUGUUAGGAGGUCGUCGGGGAAUGGCGGAGAGGUCCCCGUUGAUCCGACACGCUCCUCCUAUCCAGAAGCAGCAGCAAUUCGAACACGUCGGGGUAUCGGAUCGGAAUUCCCGGGCGGCAGGAGCUGAGAACCAGACCUUUCUCAAGGAAGUCGUGUCUGGCGUGCUGGAAGGGGAAGGGGUCGGCUGGCUCAAGCUCAACCGAGUCAAGAAACUCAUGGAAGAAGAGCAUCUGCGGACCCUCGUCAUCACCAGGCUCAAUCAGACCUUGGAUCGGAAGAUCGGGCCCGACGACCACAUCGACGACGUCUGCGUGAAGCGGGGAGUGUGGAAGGGGAUGUUGAAGCUGCUUCAGGCCGUGACGGUAGGUUUGGAGGCGACCUACGCGAAUUACGGCUUGGGAGGGAUGGCGUCCGCCUUCGGACUCCUUCACAUCGCUCACACUCAUUACUGGACCAAGGACCCUACCGAUUCCAACACCUUUCAUGCCUUCUCCCAGUCUUCUAGUCUCUUGGGAAGCCGGGACAACUUGGAUUCCCCGGGGGAAUCAUCGGUCGCCUCUACCAUUCCGUCUGGAUACGAGGAUGGUUCUUCUCGCAAGUCUUCCGCUGUCGGGACGGUGGGAGACGCCCUUCAAAGCCCGCAAUCCCCGAACGUACAGAUAAUUCCUGAGAUCAAUGAAACUCCAGAACGUGAGGAAGCCCGACGAGGCUCCUCGACCAUGGAUGCCCUUCGAGACUUGUUCACUCAAAAGAGACAACUCCUUCAGGCCAAGUUUCAAGCCAGCUUCGACAUGGGAGGAGACGGAUCGGAACCGGCGUCGGAAGCAGGGAGUUUCACGAUGAAUCCGAGUCUGACACGAUCUCGCGGCCAGAGCCAGUCCGCUCGCAGCACCGUAUCCGAUUCCGAACUCGACUCGGGGCCCGGCAUGAACAUGCUCUUGCAGUUUCCUCGAGGAUCCACGGCGUCCAAGCGAGGGAGCAUCUGGUCGAGCAAGUCUUCGCUCUCGGGGGGAUUCAGGUAUCAUGGGGGGAGUCUCACUCCGGCCACGCCCAGCCCCGAAACCGGCAGGUGCUACCUCUUCGAAGGGUUGAUGCGAGAGCGAAGCCGGUUGUGGGACGAGAUGCCUUUCUGGGAAGAUGCCUUUUUGGACGCGGUGUCUCAGGAACGAGACCUCGCCGGCAUGGACCAAGGCCCCGUCGAAAUGAUGGAAAGGUACAAGACGCUGUCGGACAGCGAAAGGAAGCGACUGGAGCACGAGGAGGACCGUCUCUUGGCGACAAUGUUGUACAACAUGGUCGCCGUGAUGGUCAUGGUGCAGAUCAACCAGGAAGCGAUCCGAAGGAAGAUCAGGAGACUCCUGGGCAAAUCCCAUAUCGGCCUCGUCUACAGCCAGGAAGUCCAUUCCCUCCUCGACCAGAUCCACAAUCUGCACGGAAAUGACAUCGACCUGAAGCCGUUGCCCUCUCGGCAACUCCAUCGUCAAACGUUCACGGUCCAUGCAGGCACGGAUACGACUGGUGAUCUCCAGUUCCUCGAAGUUCGAGAUGAUGGACUCAUCGUCAGGUCGGUGAACGGAGCCAUCAUCGAGAGAUGGUGGUUCGAGCGGAUCGUGAAUAUGACAUACAGUCCCAAGACAAAAGUCCUGUGCCUAUGGAAGAGAUCCGGCGGCGAAACCCACCUCUACAAAUUCCACACGAGAAAGUGCAAGGCACUGUACUACUGCAUGAAGGAAGCGAUGGAGAGGGCAGCGGUGAGAGGAGGGCCGAAUCUUCUCGGGGGGGCGGAGCUCGGGGGGGAAUUCCCCAUUCAAGACCUUCAGACCGGGGAGGGGGGACUCUUGCAGGUCUGCAUGGAAGGCGUCGGACUGCUCUUCGCCACCAGCAAGUUCUUCGUCAGACUGGACCACAUUCGCAAGUGCUUCACUCAGAAAGGCGGGAUUUUUGUACUCGAGGAGUACAAUCCCAAAACCAGGCAGGUGAUUCAAAGGCAGUACAAGUCUCCAAUGGCGGACCAGAUCUGCUACUCGGUACUCUGCGUCUUUUCCUACAUGGCAGCAGGACAGAAAAAAGGCAUCAGUGGCUCGGGAACAAGCACGCCAAGAGGUUUUGCCAAUGCCAGGAAACCUUUGGCUUCCAACUGAGAACCUACACCUCUGGAUUCAUUUCUUUAUUAUGUCUUCCAAAUCUAAAAAAAAAAAGAGGAAAAGUUCCUGAGAGAAAGUAUUACCUACAUUCCACCACUGUCAAGCUUGAUGCUUCUUGUUGUCAGGUGUUUGCACCUCUUGUUGUUUCAUUGCCCAUCACUGUUUUCUCUUGGUACAGUUGUGAUAUGAAACCUCCCAUCAUGGUGGUUUUUUUGUGAUAGACCUUCGUUUCUCAGGAUUUAGGUCAUUGGUUCUGGAAAGGAAACUUCUUUAUUAGGGAGAGCACUGUCCCCAUAGUCAAGAACCCAUGACCUACUCCCUGGGUGAAGUUAGUUUGAGUGGCAUGAUGCAUAUCCUGAUUGCAUGUUACCUUUUUGUCAGAUUUUAUAGAAGCAGACAAAACAAGAAUGAAGUAGGCUGUUGUUUCCAUAGA